GAGGGCCCCCAGUACCCGACUCAAAUACUUGGCAAGAGGAGGAGACAAGGUGGUGUACGAAGCAGAUGACAUGAUCCUCAAGAUCAGUAAUGUGUCCCAGUCACCAGAAGUCAGGUUUGCAGGUCUCCUUCCCAAGCUCACAGCCUCCACUCACUGGCAAGAAAAGGUGAUAGUCAAAUUGCACCAAGAAGAUGGGGAUGUGCUUCACACCCAUAACCUGUUUAUGACAUGUCAGGAUAAGGUUCAACUUGCAGCAGAGCUCCUCGCUGCGAGAGGUGAAACCUUCUCCUUCAAGUUCCUGGCAUAUGUCGGGUGCCUUUUGACUUUCGUAUCUUCCUUGGGCAUUACUGCCAGGGAUACGGAGGCAUCAAACCUUGGCAUUCGCCUGCAAACUGCGGCUGACAGCCAUCCAGAGGCAGUGUUCUUUGACACGCUCAGUUGGGUCCAGUCGAAGAAGGUGAACUGCCGAUGGGUUGGCUGGUUGACUGCGUAUGAAGCAAGGCUCACAGCACAAGAAGUCCUGAAAGACGGUGCCUUGUCAGAGGCAUCACUUCCAAGCCUCCAGCUCUAG